AUGGCGGCCGCCGAGCCCAAGCCCCCCGCGGGGGCGGCCGCGGCCGGGCGCCUGGCCCGAGGCUGCUGGUCCGCGUUCUGGGACUACGAGACGCCCAAGGUGAUCGUGGUGAAGAACCGGCGCCUGGGCGUCGUGUACCGCGCGGUGCAGCUCCUCAUCCUGCUCUACUUCGUGUGGUACGUGUUCAUCGUGCAGAAGAGCUACCAGGACAGCGAGACGGGCCCCGAGAGCUCCGUCAUUACCAAGGUCAAGGGCAUCACCUUCUCCGAGCGCAAAGUGUGGGACGUGGAGGAGUACGUGAAGCCCCCCGAGGGAGGCAGCGUGUUCAGCAUCAUCACCAGGAUCGAGGUCACACCCUCGCAGACCCUCGGAACCUGCCCGGAGAGCGUGAGGGUUAGCAACGCCUCCUGUGACACAGACGAGGACUGCGUGGCGGAACAGCUGGACAUGCUGGGAAGCGGCCUGCGGACCGGGCGCUGCGUACCCUACUACCAAGGGUCGGCCAAGACCUGCGAGGUGUGGGGCUGGUGCCCGGUGGAAGACGGGGCGUCGGUCAGCCAAUUUCUCGGCAAGAUGGCUCCGAAUUUCACCAUCCUCAUCAAGAACAGCAUCCACUACCCUAAAUUCCAGUUCUCCAAAGGCAACAUCGAGCACCGGAAGGACGGCUACCUGAAACGCUGCACAUUCGAUGAGGUCUCCGACCCCUACUGUCCCAUUUUCAAGCUGGGCUUCAUUGUGGAACAGGCAGGGGAAAACUUCACGGAGCUCGCACACACGGGUGGUGUCAUCGGGGUCAUCAUCAACUGGGACUGUGACCUGGACCUGUCAGCGUCAAAGUGCAACCCCAAGUAUUCUUUCCGGAGGCUUGACCCCAAGCACGUCCCAGCCUCGUCUGGCUACAACUUCAGGUUUGCCAAGUAUUACAAGGUAAACGGCAGCGCCACCCGCACGCUCAUCAAGGCCUAUGGGAUCCGCAUCGACGUCAUUGUGCAUGGACAGGCAGGGAAGUUCAGCCUGAUUCCCACCAUCAUUAAUCUGGCCACAGCACUGACCUCCAUCGGGGUGGGCUCCUUCCUGUGUGACUGGAUCUUGCUGACGUUCAUGAACAAAAACAAGGUGUACAGCCAUAAGAAAUUCGACAAGGUGUGCACACCCAGGCGCUCCUCUGGUAGCUGGCCUGUGACUCUGGCUCUUGUUUUGGGCCAGGCUCCUCCCCCACCCCGUCCCUGCUCUGCAGACCCAGGCCAGUCCCUGGCCACCCCGCCCCCAUGGCCUUGCCCUGCCUCUGCCCCUUCUGAGCAGAUGGCCGACACCCCUGAGCAGACUGUGGGACCAGAGUUGUGUGCCUCCGAGCCUUCCCGGCAGGACUCCACACUCACGGACCCCCGAGGUUUGGCCCAGCUCUGAGCCCACCACAUGCCUUCCAUCACGCUGUGUCCAAGGCGGGCCUGAUGGGGUCCUGAAGUCUGGUCCCGAGACCAAGCCGCCAGCUCCCCUGGGCCCUGCCCAUGCACCUCAACACGCUCUGAGAAGCUGGGAACGAAAAGACACCCCCCCCACGCAACCGGGCAGUGGGCGGGCACGAAGUGGGUGGCACCGGAUCCUGGCUGGCCCCCCAACGUCCCCGGGGCCUGGAGGAAGGGGUAAACUCCUGCCUCCUCCUCCUCCCCAGCUGACCUCCUCACAAACUUCUCACCCCUCCCCACCCAGACCCUUUGCUUGCUUCAUGGCCAAGAAGUCACAUACCCAGAGUCCAAUAAACCUGUGUCCAGAA